UAUGACCUAUGAUUCCACCGGCCUCGCUCCCCGUACCGUCCUUGGUCUCUUUGCGCCGCUGGUCCCGCCCCACCGGCCUCACGGCAGCGUCGUCGGUUCCCAGCAGCGACGUUCCGGGCAGAAGCUCAUGGGACUUUUUGGCCGGAGGGUCUUGGGCUGCGUGCAGAUUCCCAGCGACGUGACACUGGAGGACGUGACACUGCAGAUGCGCCUUCUUUUCAUGAAAGAUCAUGAAAGAAUUGAUGGAGAAAGAGCCAGCUGGAGUCGCAUCCACUCACUGGAUGGGACUAAGAAGCCAUUCCGUGGGAUUUGCUGGAGUGAUGUAAGAAUUUUUAGUUUUCAGCUAUCCUCCGCAAGGUUUUGCGAAAAGCAUCCCGGGAAAUCCGCCUGUUUGGAACUGCUCCGUUUUUUUCCCUAUACUCGUUGAUCAAGCGGGAUGAACUAUCCGACAGAGAAUGCCUUCAUCACGUUUCUGCCUUGUGCAGGGUGUUUUCCCCUUGGCGGAUCUGUUGCGGAAGUGUUGCGCACCACUCGCCAGACCACGGAAGCCUGUCGAAAGGUAGCACCAACUCGUUCCAUGGCCGGCCUCGUGCCGCGCGAAGAAGACGCCCGGGCGUGGCGACGCGCGAGAAAGGGGGGGGCGUCAGGAUGAAGCGCCACCCUUUGCGGAGAAAAUGGGUGUGGACCUUGAGAUGGCGAAGGCACCUUCAGCAGGGGGUGGAGCGCCGCCAUGCGGUCCUUUCAGGCACCUGACGAGCGUUUCUUCGUAGGGAGUUCGGGCAAAGAAGGUUUCCCGGUCGGUCAUUUUUCGCGAUUCCUUCUUCUAAAGCCUAAGAGUGGCCCUAAAAGCGAUGCAGUUGCAGGUACGGGUCAGGUGUCGCAGCGUAGGCCAAUAGAUUCCCAGUCUGUGGAACGGACGUUCGUGUCCGGGAUGGGUCGGACGUCCAGUGCCUAGGCAAGGCAAGAGUAAGCCUGAUAUAAGUUUAUUAUAAGUCUAUUCAUGUCUAUUCUAAGUUGAUGAUAUCAGCGCCAGUUAGGCAGCCAUCAAGCGAUACUAUGCGGCACUGUUCCUAGUUGGCGGCUGCGGGGGUUCCACACUCAUCACUCCCUUAGGUUUCGGGGUCUGUGAAACGGUUUAGGGACCCAUGCUGGUGCAAUGAAAUCUCCACCAUUUUUUCCUCGAAAAGUAGGCGUUGGCUCCCCGGAGUUUCUGAUCCAUCUUCCUUUUGCUGUUGAGGUCACCUUCGACUCGGAGGACAUUUGCGCAGGGACCUACCUGCGCGCCAUGCACAGGGAGGAGCUCACCAAGGGUGCCAAGCUCCUAGCGCUUGCAGCAGCCAGCCGAGGGCGGAGCUGCGAUAUCCUCGGCUUGUCCUGCACCUCAUUUUCCUUCACGUUAGGCUCAGCCAAAGUCCGCGAGCAAAUCAGUGCAGGCUAUCCGGGUGUGCCAGUCACCGACAUGGCCACCGCGCAGCUGGAGGCGCUGAAAGCGCUGAAGGCGCAGCGGGUGGCUCUUCUGACGCCCUACAUCGAGGAGCUCAGCCGUGCGAACGCUGAGAUGUUGGAGACCAUGGGCCAAGUCCAAGUGGUCAACAGGUUGACCAUGAACCUCCCCCGUGACGAGCUCACCAGCGCUGUACCACCAGCAGAGAUUGCCGAGUGGGCGGUGCGCGUGGAUCGGCCGGAGGCGGAUGUGGUGGUGAUCGGCUGCAGCGGCUUCCGGGCAUGUCAGCCGGACUUCCUGGACCCGCUGGAGGCCCGGCUGGGAAAGCCGGUGGUGACCUCAACCCAAGCGUUUCUGUGGCACAUGGCGCGCCGGGCGGGUGCUGAGGAGAAGAUCGAGGGCUACGGCACCUUGUUGUCGAAGCACUGAGGAGCGCAAUUUCAGCGGGACAGGGGCAGUGAUGAGAUGAUGUUUGUGAUCGCCACGGCGGCCGGAAGAGCUCCUGUUCUUCCAUGGGCAAGCAGCGCAGCCUGUGGCCCAGCUCAGCUCUUGCUAGGAACUCCGUGGUCGGCACUAGAGCCACCUGGAGUGUACAGACGGAAUCUCAUAAGACUGGA